AUGGAUCUUGUGGUAACGGUCACGACCAAGGGGAGCGUGGAUGUUUGGAGGCUGAACGGGCAGAGAGUCUUUGGCUCAAAUUUCCCCAAAGACGAAGAUGAUGGUGGUGACAUGGACAGGCAAGCCUCAGCAGAAAGUGGGGGCGGAGGGAAUGUGAGGGCUGUUGCAUGGAGGAUGGACGGUCAAAUCCUUGCGAUUGCUUGCGCGGAUGGCAGUCUAUCACUCAUAAAUACUUUCACGGGCAAAAUCUCUCAUCGAAUAUCCAGUCAGAAUAAGAACGCCACCACUUCGACUUCAUCACAGCUACUUUUACAGACGCAGACACGGAGGCAGAGUUCUAGAGUCUCCUCUUUCCCUGCUUCUCAGACCACACCCUCACGACCGACCAUCACAACGAUCUCCUGGACAACACACUUUGUCGACCCUUCUCCCGCCACCGUGCGCUCUCAUCUCCGUGCGCCAGAGUCCACACUCUCACUUGAUCAAAUUCUCGGCCUGCGCGCUGACGUAGAUAGACUUCUCCAACUGAAAGCCGAUCUGCCCCGCGAAUUAAGCAGCAUCGACGUGGAAGUAUCCUUGCCAAGGCUUGCGACAUUACCCCCUACCGGUCUCGGCGCGGAGGAUGAUGUGUUCAGUACGCGGAGCAGUGUGGAUGUUGUGUUUCACGGAGGCGGCAACAACGGCUUUGCUGGGUCCGGGGGUGUCGAUGCCCUGCUAGUCGGGCUAACUGAUAAAGAUGGCGGUUGUAUGGUUCAGUUGAGGGUUUUUGAUUCCUUCGAUAUAGGAAUUGUCAAUCUGAAGGGUAUUCUCCCUUCAGGACAUGGUGCGGGAGGAGCAUCAAGGGUGCUGAGAAUGGAAAGUCAUCCAUUCGUGUCAACCGUUUUCUUGCUUAUCGAAGAGUCGCCAAAAGAUGAAGCUGCCUCGUCGCUGCACCUCCUCGGCCUUGACUUGAGCUUCAUCCCGCAGACCGGAAGGACCUUACCUCUUGUGGCGAGGAAAGUCUCGCAGCUAGGUUAUCUGUUAAGAUACAUCUCGCAGGUGCGGACGCAAUUGGUCGCCGAGGUCAAAGCCGCAUUCGAUUUACCGGGCAGGUUCCUCCGUAAUAUCAACGAAUCGCUUGCAGAAGAAGAUGAGAAUGCGGACUUCACCUUCGCAGCACAUCACCUCGCUGUUACUGGAGUUUGCGGCCCGAAACUGAAGGAAUGGCUGGUUGACGAGGUUGGAGAUAGGGGUCUCAAGCGGUGGGAGAACGCCGUUGGGGAUUGUCUUGAGGUGGUGAAGAGGAUGACGAGCGAGUGUCUGCUUCCUGCGUUGGAGAGGAGUCUGGCACUGUUAUCAAGACUUGACGGCCUUGCCAGAUUUGGGCAUACUAGUUCGAAGCUUGGACUAGACGAGAAGAAGGUGAAUAGGGUGAUGGAGACCAUCGAUGCAUUGGGUAUCCUUGGUGAGGACCUGCUGCUUGAUGUCGUGACCGAAUCAAGAGAAUUUGCGGCGUUUAUUAAAUGGUUGAAAUGGGAGUGCGAGGUUGAGGCGCUUGAGGAAGGCAGCGAGAGAGCGGAAGAGAUGAGGGAGUCAUGGACUGGAGAGGGAGAGUUGAGGCUGGUAUUAGACUACGUGGGAGGUGCUAUGAAGGAGAGUCGAUUGAAGAAAUAUCUCCUAGGAGAGACCAAGGAGCAAGCAGACGGGUUGCUUCCAUCCUUUGAUGACAGUUCGGAUCCAGGAUUCUACGCCGACUUCACGAAACGCAGAGCCGGUGGCAGCACGGAAAAGAGCAUGCCUACACUGGGCGAAUUGGUCGACAAAUUACAGAGGCAAUGUGAGGCGGUCUUUGCGCGCAUUGCAGAAACAUUCAGGAAGAGCAUCCUCACGAGGUAUCUGCAGGAGCUGCCUGGUGAGUGUGUUGGUGAGAACAUGGACGUUAGGGUCAUCCCCGACGACGCCGAUCCUAAGCUGUACAGGCUCUUUGUGAUAUCAAAGGACCGCCAACGGAAAUCUCGUCUUCGACAUGUCGUGGUCGAGGUUCCACAGGGAGUUGGAAGGGGUGUCAAGCACAUAAUGGGGUCGAACUCGCUCGCAAUUCCCGAGGUGCAGGAGGUCCUUGAUGCGAAAUUUAUCGACGACAGUGCACUUCUGCUCCUUGCCGAGACCGCAUCUGGUGUCAAACUCUACUGGAAAGAGGUCACUGUUGACGGCGAAGGAUCGUGGGAUGUCCGGCACAUUUUCCAGAGAGGGGAAUUGGAUGGCGUGAUGAAGCCCGUUAGGCUUGAUGUGAACGGGCGCGUCGGGAGAAGAGUGGUCACUGUCCUUGACGAAAGUGGGCUGGGACUUGUGGUCUUGGACUUGGACGCCGAAGACAAUGCUCGCGACGUCGCCGACGGGGACGACGAGCUCAUGACGGAGUGA